AUGGCGCUGGUAUACGCGUUGGUGGUGCGUUCCGCGGAUCUCGUCCCCCUGGCGCAGUAUGCGGCGGCCCCUGGCAACUUUGAGCCCGAGGCGAUGGAGUGCUUGGUUCGCGCCCAGCGCGCCGGCGGCGGCGGCCAGUUCACGGCGCCAGCCAACGGCCUCACCUACACGUUCCUGGCGGCCGGCUUGUACACGGUUGGGGUGGCGGCGGACUGCACGAAGGCGCAGCUGGCGAGCAGGGCGCCCAUCACGUGCUGCAAGCGCAUCUGCGAGGCCUGGGCGGAGCAGUGCUGGGAGAGGGGCCAGUACACGGCGCCCAGGAGCCUGGACGGCCUGUUUGGGCCUGUGAUGCGGCGAGAGAUGGCGAACUGCCAGGCGCUGUUUGAGGAGAAGGACACCAAGGCGGGCGCAAGGGAUAGCAUGAAGAACUCGCUGCUCGACGGCCCCGCGGUCGACAGCGCCAGCAGCGUCUUCUUGCAUUACGCGGCCCUCAGCCCCGGCAAACCAACCUCAAACCCCUUGUUCGGCCCCAGCCCCGACGACGCCUGGGGGUCGGGGCCCUGGGCCAUGGACAAGGGAGAUGCGUUUGCAGCUGAAAGCGCCAGGACGCGCCGCAGCCUGUGCGCCAGCCGGAGGAACCUGAAGCUGUGCGCCGCAGCGGCCGCUUGCCUGCUCGUCGUCGUUGUGGUGCUGGCGGCCUGCUUCGGCGGCGGCACCAACAGGUGUCGCGCGGCCCGCCCUGCAGCCGCAGCGCCGAGCGUCUCAGAGGCGAAGAAGGCGGUGCAGGUGGCGGCGGGGGCAGCGACCGGCCCAGCCGGUCUCUACACUGAUCCUUACGCAGACGACAAAGCUCCCCCCAAGAUGUUUGGGCCCAUGCCUUUCGUGCCAGUGAUGGAUGAGUUCUGUGCCGAGGGCAACAACGUCCACCUGCCUGCCUGCUUCUACUACUGGUGCAUUACGCUGGCCGAGGAGGACGCGCCAAUCUGUGCCGCGUACAAGCUCUUCUGCCAGGUGGAGGAAAACGCCCUGCUGCCGUCCUGCACACCGCCCUGCCGCCUCGCGAAGAACCAGGACGACCCGCGCUGCGAGCCCGCCACCAACGUCACCGGCGUCAGUGACGCGAAGAGGCGCUUCUCCAAGGUCUUCGGGCCCAUGCCCUUCGUGCCUGUCAUGGUGGACUACUGUGAGCAGGGUGACAACGUCUACACGCCCGCCUGUUUCUACUUCUGGUGUGACACACGCGCGGAGCCCGACGACCCGCACUGCGCGGCGUACACCCUGUUCUGCCAGAAGCCUGAGAAUGCCGAGGCCCCAGAGUGCACGCCGCCCUGCCGCCUGCCCAAAAACUUUGACGAUCUCCGCUGCAUCCCCGACGGGGCCCAGCCUCCCGGCAACGCCAAGCAGCGCUUCUCCAAGAGCUUCGGGCCCAUGCCGUUCGUGCCAGUCAUGAAUGACUACUGUGCAAAGAGCGACAACAUCUACCUGCCUGCAUGCUUUUAUUACUGCCUGCCAGAGAACAGCGCUGAGACCCGCUGCAAGCCCGCAGCAAAGCCCUCGGCGGCCGAGGCCGGCCGCCCUACCGGCUGA